UUUGUUUUUAAGAAGAAAAAAAAUCACAAAUGUCAAUCAAGAAACACUGCAAAAUAAAAUGGAACCUCCUCAGCAGCUAACCUAUUGCACAGAACUGCAAUGAAGCUUUGACAGUAUUUUCAAAGCCUUCAGGGGCGUCAGUUGCAAACGUUCUGCAGCUCCUCAGCUGACCAAGGAGAGUUAUAUAGCCAGAGUCUUCCUUUCCCUUACAAAACUGUCAGGCACAAAUGGGCAGAAGGAUAUUGGCUGCAAGAGACUCGGAAGCUCCUCCCAGAGACUGGAUCCUGAUAUUUUUGGAGGAUUUCUUUUAACUCAGUUACAAACCUUAGUGAAGGAAACAAGUUACCACAGCACCAGUAGCAGAGAGAGAAAUCUCUGCUUCUAGGCAGAGCAUAGCUCUCUGGCUUUCUCUCUCUUAUACCUUCCUAAAGCUACCUUGGAUGUGAUUGUUCAUUUAACAUGUGGAGGAAAACUGUACUGUCUGGUGGGGGAAAAUGCUGAUACUCUGGAUGUUGGUGUGUCUAUGAAAAACAAGGGGUGUAAGUGAAAGAGAGAGAAGAUCAUGAGGAAAAAGAUGUUUUGAAGAAAAAAAAUCCAAAAUAUUUGCCUGAAAAUUGAUGGUGCUUCUGAGCUCUGUAUUUUCUCUGGAGGGAAAGGUUGAAUUUGGUGCAGUGCUUAAAUCUAUCUAUCCAGCUGGUGAACCUUAUUGGAUUGAAAAUUCUCUAUUUUGGAUGUAACGGGGGAAAUUUUUUGGACAUUCUCCUAUUUUAUAAAAAUCAUCAUGAAUUCAGUGGCUGGAAAUAAAGAGAGAAUUGCAGUCACAACCAGAAGCAGGAAAUAUGGGGUGACCGAGCCCUGCUCCCCCACCAAGCCCGCGGCACCCUUCUCGCCCGAGAGCUGGUACCGGAAAGCUUACGAGGAAUCCCGGGCUGGGAGCCGCCCAGCCCCCGAGGGAGCCGGCUCCGUCCUGGGCUCGUCCGGCACCCCGUCCCCCGGAUCGGGCACCUCUUCGCCGGGCUCCUUCAGCGGCUCGCCGGGUCCUGCCUCCCCGGGCAUCGGCAGCAGCUCCCCGGGCUCGCUGGGGGGCUCCCCGGGCUUCGGCACGGGCUCGCCGGGCUCUGGCAGCGGGGGCGGCUCCUCCCCGGGCUCUGGCAGCGGGGGCGGCUCCUCGCCGGGCUCCGGCAGCGGGGUCUGGUGCGAGAACUGCAACGCCCGCCUGGUGGAGCUGAAGAGACAGGCCUUGAAACUGCUCAUCCCUGGGCCCUUCAGCAGCAAGGACCCAGCUUUCUCUUCGGUGAUCCACGACAAACUCCAGGUUCCCAACACCAUUCGGAAGGCAUGGAACGAGAGGGACAACAGAUGCGAUGUUUGUGCCACCCACCUGAACCAGCUGAAGCAGGAGGCCAUUCAGAUGGUGCUGACACUUGAGCAGGCUGCCAACACCGAACAGUAUGAUGCCUCACCAGGCUCUCCCCCACCCCUCUCCAAUAUUCCCACCUUAGUGGGCUCCCGACAUAUGGGCAGCUUGCAACCCAGAGACUGGGCAUACAUGCCCACUUCCUACACUACUGCUAAUUACACAGGCUUUGUGGCCAACAAGCACAGUGGGAAGCCCAACAGCCUGGGGAUCAUCAAUGGAUUGGAGAAGAAAAAUGGUUCCCCUGGACACCAGGCCAAGGUCAGCCUACAAAUGGCUACCAGCCCCAGCAAUGGCAACAUCCUAAACUCUGUAGCUAUCCAGGCUCAUCAGUACCUUGACGGCACCUGGUCCUUGUCGAGAACAAAUGGGGUCACCCUGUAUCCAUACCAGAUCUCCCAGCUGAUGACAGAGACUAGCCGAGAGGGGCUGACUGAAGCAGUGCUGAACCGCUACAAUGCAGAUAAGCCCUCCUUGUACAGCUUCCCUGGUUCCCAGAGCACUUAUGUUGCCAGUGAAACAUCAACGGGCACCUCAGUGGCGGCCUCUUUUUUUGCCAGAGCUGCUCAAAAGUUGAAUCUGUCGUCUAAAAAGAAGAAACAUAGGCCAUCUACAUCAUCUGCGUCUGAAUCUCCUCUCUUCUCUACCAACUUCAGCAGUAUCCUUCAGACUUCCCCACCCCCCGCACCACCAUGUUUGCUGAGGGCAGUCAACAAAGUGAAAGACACUCCAGGGUUGGGCAAGGUGAAAGUCAUGGUGCGCAUUUGUUCCACCCUUGCCCGGGAUACGUCUGAGUCAAGCUCCUUCUUAAAGGUUGAUCCCCGUAAGAAGCAAAUUACUCUGUAUGACCCAUUGUCCUGUGGAGGCCAGAACACCUUCCAGAAAAGGGGCAAUCAGGUUCCCCCAAAGAUGUUUGCUUUUGAUGCAGUUUUCCCCCAAGAUGCAUCUCAGGCUGAAGUGUGUGCUGGGACUGUGGCUGAGGUGAUCCAGUCAGUGGUAAAUGGGGCAGACGGCUGCGUAUUCUGCUUUGGCCAUGCGAAACUGGGAAAAUCAUACACCAUGAUUGGAAAAGAUGAUUCUAUGCAGAACCUAGGCAUAAUCCCCUGUGCCAUCUCAUGGCUCUUCAAGCUGAUUAAUGAACGGAAAGAGAAGACGGGGGCCCGCUUCUCAGUCCGGAUCUCUGCAGUGGAAGUGUGGGGGAAAGAAGAAAAUCUGAGGGACUUACUGUCAGAAGUAGCUACAGGCAGCCUGCAGGAUGGUCAGUCCCCAGGUGUCUACCUUUGUGAGGACCCAAUCUGUGGCAUGCAGCUUCAAAACCAGAGUGAGCUCCGUGCCCCCACUGCAGAGAAGGCUGCCUUCUUCCUCGAUGCAGCGAUAGCCUCCCGCCGAAGCAACCAGCGAGACUGUGAUGAGGAGGACCACAGGAACUCGCACAUGCUCUUCACUCUGCACAUCUACCAAUACCGCAUGGAGAAGAGCGGCAAAGGUGGCAUGUCCGGAGGUCGCAGCCGCUUACAUCUCAUUGACCUGGGUAGCUGUGUGAAAGUGCUCAGCAAAAAUCGAGAGGGAGGCUCCGGACUCUGUCUUUCGCUGUCAGCACUCGGCAAUGUCAUCCUUGCCCUUGUCAACGGCAGCAAACACAUCCCAUACAAAGACAGCAAGCUCACCAUGUUGCUCCGGGAGUCCCUGGGGAACAUGAACUGCCGUACCACUAUGAUAGCUCACAUUUCGGCAGCGGCAGGGAAUUACGCUGAAACACUGUCCACCAUCCAGGUUGCAUCUCGGGUCCUGAGGAUGAAGAAAAAGAAAACUAAGUACACAUCAAGUUCUUCUGGAGGUGAAAGCUCCUGUGAAGAAGGAAGAAUGCGGAGGCCAACCCAGUUGAGACCCUUCCAUUCUAGAAAUGUAGUUGACCCAGACUUCCCUAUUCUGCACCUAUCAAGUGAUCCUGAUUAUUCUUCCAGCAGCGAACAAUCCUGUGACACAGUGAUUUAUGUUGGCCCCAAUGGCACAGCCCUCUCUGAUAAGGAACUGACAGAUAAUGAAGGCCCCCCUGAUUUUGUCCCUAUAGUUCCUGCUCUGCAGAAAACCAAAACUGAGGGCAAACUGGAGGAAGUGAGUGAGACCGACUCCAGCACAUCUGAAAGAGACUGCCUGAAGUGCAACACCUUUGCUGAGCUUCAGGAGAGGUUGGACUGUAUCGAUGGCAGUGAGGAGAGCAACAAAUUUCCAUUUGAAGAGUUGCCUGUUCAGUUUAGCGCAGAUCAGAUGUCUAAGUGUCCUAUGCCAAGCCAAGUGGCAGGUCUUAGUCAUAUAUCAGCAUUGGAUAAGGAAGAUGCUGCCGCCGACUGUCAGCAAUCUGAAAAGGAAGUCAGGGAAAAUAUAAAUGCAACAACCAACAAAAUUCAGAGAAAUCACUCCCCUGUUCCUUCUGGAGCUCUCACUAACGUUUCAACUCCUCCUUCUCCUAGGAGUGUAACUGGCAGUUCUAGUAAUCAGCUUAGCUCUUCCCCGUUAGCCCAUAGCGCAAGUCUGCAGAGCAGCAGAGAAAGCCUCAAUACCUGCGGCUUUGUAGAAGGCAAGCCUAGGCCAAUGGGUUCACCGCGGCUUGGCAUUGCGAGCCUCUCCAAAACAUCAGAGUACAAGCCACCAACUUCUCCUUCCCAGAGAUGCAAGGUUUACACCCAGAAAGGGGUAUUGCCUAGCCCUGCACCAUCACCCCUGAUCAAGGACUCUGGAAUGGUGUCUAGCGAAUCUUUGCUGCAGCCAGAGAUCCGGACCCCUCCAGUGGGAAUGAGUCCUCAGAUCUUGAAAAAGUCAGUAUCCUCCAGCAGUGGGGACUUUGGAGAGACUGUUCUCGAUGAAGAGCAGAAACAUACUAUUUCACCAGAAUCAAAGAAGGAGAUUCUGAGUACCACCAUGGUCACUGUGCAGCAACCAUUAGAGCUGAAUGGAGAGGAUGAGCUGGUGUUCACCCUGGUUGAAGAACUAACUAUUAGUGGGGUCCUUGAGAAUGGACGCCCAACCAGCAUCAUCAGCUUUAACAGUGACUGUUCUGUGCAGGCUUUGGCCUCUGGGUCUAGGCCAGUUAGUAUUAUCAGUAGCAUUAGUGAAGACCUCGAGUGUUACUCCAAUGCAGCUCCUGUUUCUGAGGUCAGCAUCACACAAUUUGUGCCGCUUCCAAAAUUAGGAUUGGAUGACAAAGCCCGGGAUGCCAGUAGCAGACGCUCAUCCAUUAGCUCGUGGCUGAGUGAAAUGAGUACAGGGAGUGAUGGUGAACAAUCAUGCCACAGUUUCAUAGCCCAGGCUUGCUACGGGCAUGGUGAGGCUAUGGCAGAGCCCCCUGUUUCUGAGUUUGCAGGUGCCAUACAGAAUACUAACAUGUUUUGUGUAAAUGACAAGCAAAAUCCAGUGACUGACAAUUUGCUCAUACUGUCAGAAAUGGGGGAGGAAACUUUCAGUAAAGUCCCACCUCUCAAGGGUUGCAAAAUAUCAGCCCUGGGGAAAACUACUGUCACAAUCUCAAACACAGCAAGCCUAAGCGGUUGUGAAGGCUACAUCCCAAUGAAGACCAACAUUACUGUUUAUCCAUGUAUUGCUGUUAGUCCUUUUAAGGCACAAGAGACUGAUGAGGCCACAUCUGCAGUAACUUCAGCUGCUAAAGUUACUCAACCCCAUGAGGAGAAAGAGUCUAGUGUUAGGAAGGAUAUCAAAUUUGAAGACCCUUGGCUAAAGAGGGAAGAUGAUGUGAAAAAAGACCGCUUUGGGGCCAGCGAUGGGCCAAAGCUAGAAACUGCAAUUGGUCCAGCCAUGCCUGAGCAGAACAAGAAACAGAACUCAGCUGACAGGUUUAGUAGCAGCAGUGGGGAGACCUCUAGCUCCCCAGGUUCUGAUCCUCUGAAGAGAAUUGUGGAUGGGUGUGAGAUGGCACUUACAAGUUCUGCAACCCAGAGCCCUGUUCAUUCCCUGGAUGCUUUGAAGAAUGGCAGUCUCCCUAGGGUGCUCCAGAAGGUCAGCAAGCAGGAGGAAAUUGAUGCUGUCCUCUAUCACUGUGCUGCUGAGAACAAUGGAAUGAGUUCUCCUUCUCUUUCCCAGUCUUGUAAGGCUUCCCUAGAAAGAAGAAUCGCUUCUCCCAAGCACUGCGUUCUCACUCGCCCCAAAGGAACUCCUCCGCUGCCUCCUGUGAGAAAAUCAAGCCUGGAUCAGAAGAACAGGGCCAGCCCUCAGCAUAGCGCUUGUAGCAGCAGCACGAGCAGUCCAUCCAACCAACCAGUGUCUUUUCCAGCCAGCUUUCCUGAUGAGCUGAAUGGGAAACAGAAGGGCUCCAGCACUGACACCAGUAACAAUAGCAGCAGCAAGUUAUUUAGCGCCAAACUUGAACAGCUAGCCAGCAGGACCAAUUCCCUGGGCAGGUCCACAGUGAGCCACUAUGAGUGUUUGUCAUUGGAAAGGGCAGAAAGCCUAUCUUCAGUAAGCUCUAAAAUGAGCCCUGGAAAAGAUACCACCGUGCCUAGGGCUGGGAGGAGCCUCAGCCGCAGUGCGGUGUCCUCACCGACAAACUCAGGCAUAUCCCAGUCUGUGGGUGCCUCACCAAAGGCCAGCCAAUCUAAGAUAUCUGCAGUUAGCAAACUCCUUUUGGCAAGUCCCAAAGCCCGAAGCUUGUCUGCUUCCACCACCAAAACAUUAAGCUUUUCUACCAAGUCUCUGCCUCAGUCUGUGGGGCAGAGUUCAAGUUUGCCUCCCAGUGGGAAGAACAUGUCCUGGUCAACUCAGUCCCUUAGCAGAAACAGAGGCUCUGGUCUUGCUUCAAAACUGCCCCUCAGAGCUGUCAAUGGACGGAUUUCCGAACUGCUCCAAGGGAGCACAAGUGCCAGAGGUUUUCAAAUGCGUGGAAACUCGGACACAGAUGAGCGAGGUGGCCUUCAUGGAGAUGAGAAACCAGCUGUUCAUAUGCUGCCUUCACCCUACAGCAAAAUCACCCCUCCGCGGAAGCCUCACCGCUGUAGCAGUGGUCAUGGAAGUGACAACAGCAGUGUCCUGAGCGGGGAGCUGCCACCAGCUAUGGGGAAAACAGCUCUAUUCUACCACAGUGGGGGAAGCAGUGGUUAUGAGAGUAUGAUGAGAGACAGCGAAGCAACAGGAAGUGCUUCUUCAGCGCAAGACUCUAUGAGUGAGAACAGCAGCUCUGUCAGCGGGAGGUGCCGAAGUCUCAAAAAUCAAAAGAAACGCUCAAACACAGGUUCUCAGAGACGAAGACUCAUACCGACUUUGUCACUUGAUGCAACCUCCCCGGUAAGGAAACCUGCCAACAGCCCAGGGGUCCGUUGGGUAGAUGGCCCACUGCGAAGUGCACAGAGAGGGAUGGGUGAACCUUUUGAGAUCAAAGUCUAUGAGAUAGAUGAUGUGGAGAGACUCCAACGGCGACGAGGAGGGGAUAGCAAGGAGCUGAUAUGCUUCAAUGCCAAGCUGAAAAUCCUGGAGCAUCGCCAGCAGAGGAUUGCUGAGGUCAGGGCCAAGUACGAGUGGUUAAUGAGGGAACUGGAGGUGACCAAACAGUACCUGAUGCUGGAUCCUAAUAAAUGGCUUAGUGAAUUUGACCUGGAGCAGGUAUUCGAGUUGGAUUCCCUGGAGUAUUUGGAGGCCCUGGAGUGCGUGACUGAGCGUCUGGAAAACCGCGUCAACUUCUGCAAGGCUCACCUCAUGAUGAUCACCUGCUUCGAUAUCACUUCCAGACGUCGAUAAAGGACUAAGCUUGAGAAAAUUUCAAACUACUACCCCCCCUUCCUGCUCCUUUUAAACAGCACCCCAAAGACAACAGAAUGAGGAUGAAGGUUGGUGUCAAGUUUUGACCGUGUGAGAGAGAAGAGAUUUUCUUUAUAACACUGAAGAAUAGUAUUAAAAAAAAACAACAAAUAUGUGAUGAAUGCAACAACGCGGAGACGUAAGGAUGCCGAUUUUCCUAGCCUGAAAGAGCACUUUUAAGGAUAUGUUUGUAAAUAAGAACUGCUGGCAGAAGUGACUUCUUCCCCUGUGUUAGCUGAGGGAGGGGAAAGGCUGGUUGUAGGAUGGACUGCUGUUGAGAGCUUCGUAAAAAAAUAUUACAGAGAGUGACUAUUUAAGUGCCUUGCAAAUCUUUAUUAUCCAAACAUUUAUGUUCAUACUUUCUUGUGUACAUAUGGUGCUAGUCAAAGGAAACAAAAUCAAACAUUUUUUAAAUGUAUUUACAGCUUGUUUUUUCUCUUGGUGUUUUCUCCUAUUUCAGACUUGCUGUUUCUAAGUAACUUGUGUUUGUAGAGAUAUUUCCUAAUCAGUACAACAUAUGAAUAAAUGUUAACUGUCUUUUAUCGUUACUGGAGUAAGGCCACUCAAAGAGAACAUUACCUCUCCCAGAUGGUUCGAAAACUGUUUCUGGCAGGAGUGAGGUUAGAUUGCACCCUCUUUGCUCUUAAAAUGUUUUAACUGUUAAAGAACAUUGUGACUAUUGCUGUUGGGGUAGAGUUUUGCAUGGUACUAUGGAAGAGGAGAAAGAAAACUAUUGCAAAGCAACUACUGCAAUAUGCAUUUCAUUUGCUGGAACUCUACCAUUUUUUCUCCUUUCUGAUAUACUCUUAGCCUUGUACUGGUGAUGCCAGAGUUAUGGUUGACGAGACACUGUCCUCUCAACCCCCUAUUUUCAGGUACUAAUAACGUUCUGGAAAAUUACUCUUUAGACUGAGGUUCUCAUGCUUACCAGUCCAAAACUGAAUGAUUUUUUUCAGGGGGAGGGGAUGAAAUAUCUGGUGACAUUUAGUUAUCCCAUUUUUAAAACAUUUUUCAUCUGCUUUUUUUGUGAUGGACCAUUCCACAGUCAUGCCUAUAACUCAGGGGCACAUGCUCUGCUCAGCUGUAAUUGCUCAAGAAAUAAAAACACAUUAUAAAUGAGUGGACACAGCAUUUUGGGCACAGGGCAUCUGUCACUUUCCAUACCAAAUUAAGUGCCAAAUCUUAGCCCCACUAAUGUCAAUGGGUCCCAGCUCUGCAUGUGCAAAGAAAUGCUGUUGUAUUUAUUUCAAUGCAUAUAUGAGCACUUCCAUUUUAUAACACAUUGAAUUAUUUGGCACGGUCUUUUUUGUUUAUUGAAAUAAGCGCACACAAAUUCUGUUCUCGGUUACACCCGGGCAAACCUGUUGUUAUCAGUGGAGUUAUCUGGGAGAAAAUAAGGGCAGAAUUUAACCUAUAUUCCAAUAUGCCUCUAAUCACUGCUUUAGAAACUCAGUCACAUUCUAUAUAUAAUAGUUAUAUAUAAUACCUCCUAGAUAACAUUAUUAGUGUAUUACCUGUGGGCCUGUUAUUGUCCAUGGUGAAGUUCCCAUUGACUUCAGUGGUGCAGGUUUGGAUGUUGAUUCUGUUGAUUCAUGCAAGGGGACCUUUGCACAGAGCCCACCGAAGGAACUUCACGCGGGCACAGGGGCCCACCUACAUAGAGCUCUUUCCAGGAUCAGGGCCUUAGGCUGAAAGCUCCUUGGGACUCAGGACUUUGUGGGCUUGAUGCUUCCUGGACACAUACAGGACAUGGACAACAUCAAGCCCUUUGUUUGUAAUGCAUCAAGCAAACUGAUGGCACUAAGCAAAGGAUUAAUAACAGAAAACUCUGCCCAUGCGCAUGAAACAAUUACUGUGGAUUUCAUAAACUGGAGACUCCUAAUGUGUGUGCAUAUGAAAUCCCAGCUAUUCUGUUGUUUUGCUCUAGCUUUAUGCAUUUGCAUAAACUCUGUUCAUCAAACACAGAGCAGGGAAUGGCUGGGAAGCAUAAUUAUUCCUCAGUUGAAAACAAGCUGCAUGAUGUUGGUAUCUUGUGUAUAUACAGUAGUGUUAGGGAGCUACAGACAGAUUACAAAUAGAAAGCAGUAUGUUAAAUGCUAGCAAAUACUGGAUGUAAACAAGGUGAUAAGUCGGCAAAUAGUAAACACACAGAACAUGUUAAUACCUGACCUCUGACUUGGUGAAUAGACUGUACUGGCCUUUUGGUCCCCAAACUUUCACAUAUUGUCACAUUUUGAAGAUCUCUUGUAUGGAUUUAAGCUUCUGUACAUCAUUUAUCAUAAACUGGGUGCGCACAGUGUCAGCUCCAUAGUACAGUCUGGGUUACCUGCAAUAUUUAGGCUCAGUGAUCAUGGAAGUCACUGUCUUGAAUGCUAUGACCAUAUGUUUAGCAGUGUUAGAGCUGUAGAUUCUAAGACAUUACAAAGAAGUCUCCCAUUUAUCUAACAUGUCUGCAGUAUUGCUGUAGCCAUGAAGGAUAUGAGAGACACAAGGGCGUUGAGGUAAUGUCCUUUAUUGGACCAAGUUCUGUUGGUGAA